AUGACGUGGUUUGAGACUUUCGACAAGGCCUUGGAUAUUAUCGAGACUGGUACAAUGUUUGUUUUAGUCAUCACCAGUAUGACGCUCGUUGUCCUUCAAUACAUCGUCGAUGAAAAGAAAGCCAAGAACCAGCAAAAACGUGCUGCUAUAGCUGAUGCGGCUGCAAAAGCGGCCGAAGAGAGACGAUUGAGGGGUGAGGAGGAUGGUGGGUUGUAA